AAGCAUGCAGACAGUAUCUCUCCGUGCGUAAAGGGAAACUAACCAGUACCAACGCGCACUGACUCGAAGGUGUCGACAAAGAUUACUCCGGAACUCUAGACGAACGACAUUUAUGCACACUGGUUGUUUGUAAAUUCAAAUAAGUGUGGGGAUUUGCGAGCGAAGAAAUAAUACAAGCAUGACAGACGUGAUAAACACCAGAGAACCCGGUCCCGGUCGGGAGGACUUCGGUGUGGAAGGAGCCGCUGGGGAACAGGGCAUCGCCUUCCAGAUCUUCCCGGACAGUCAUGAGCGAUACCCAAAGCUGUCCAAACGUCUGCCGUCUAUCGUGGUGGAACCCACGGAGGGGGAGGUGGAGAGUGGGGAGCUACGGUGGCCCCCAGAGGACUUAAGGAGCGCAGAUGCAUCCCACAGACCCACACACAUGAGCACCACUCUGGAGCAGAGUGCGCAGGAGCAGAUAGGAGAUGAAGAACAGGCCAGCAGUGUAGAUUCAUCAGCAGGCACUGAGCAGGACUCAAACUGAAGAAGAAUCAGCUCCACCGACACCCUACCCCCAACCCCUCACUUCAACACCCACCCCACCCCAUGACCCAGUUCCCCCCCCCCUCUCACAGUGCUUGCUGAAGGCAGGCAGGCAGAAAGAACACAGUCUCUCCCUUUCCAUCCACCCCCCAACCCCCCCUUCCCCACUCUCUUCCUCUCUUUGACUGGGGACGCGCUCAAGACUCAAGGGUCCACUGAUUGAUAGCGAUAGGAGGUUUGGAAAUGACAUCUCUGCUGCUUACGUGGAGGCAUCACAACCCUAUAGUUCCCAGGUGGAAUCACUUCGUACGUAAUGAAACACUAGUUUACACUCGCCUGACAGUGCAUCGGAUAAUGCUGAAUUACUUUUGGUCACUCAUGAUGAUAUGUCUGUUGUGUGUAAUGUACACUGAAAUUUUCCUGUGACAAAUACUGCUGGGAUGGGAUAACCUGUAUGCCACUACGUGAGAGUGCAUGUCUCUGUGUGUGUGUGUGUGUGUGUGUGUGUGUGUGUGUGUGUGUGUGUGUGUGUGUGUGAGAGAGAGAGAGAGAAAGAUACUGCUGUAGACGGUGGUGCAGAAACAGAACGAGUCUGAAAGUCACAUUGUGGGCGUCUGGGGAUAUGGGCAUGCGUGCUUGGUGUCUGAAAGAAUCUGCCACAUACUUGAAACUUCAAACGUGUCUACCCGUCUGUCAGGCAGCAUGUCAUGCCAACUCCUAAUCAUGCCACACUCUCAUCUCAAAGACCUUUAUAGCUCUCUCUCUCUCUCUUGCUCUCUCUCUCUCUCUCUCUCUUGCUCUCUCCCUCUCUUUUUCUCACUGUCAUCCUUUAUUUUUCCAACAUGAACGUACACCCGUAGCCAUGCACACAUACAGACACGCUCACACUCCAACAGAUAGAUAGACACACACACACACACACACAGCCAAACACAUUGCGCCUGUUGAUAGAUUCUAGAUAGUGCCUUCAGCUGCUUUGUUGGUGUAGAAAAGAAAACAGAUGCAUUCACCUUAAGUAAGAAGUAUAUGACAAACAUUCAUGAGCACCACAUGCGCAUACUGGUUACUUUCAAAGCAGUAUCAACAAUGCUCAUUUCCAGCCAUCAUAAUUAGAUAACACUUCUGUGUAUUGUGUGUAUUUAGAGAGUAAAUAAUGUGUCAACAUGAACUAAUGUAAUUUGACUAGCACUGGCUUCUAUCGUAACAUCUUGGUGAAUCAUUUGUGAAUGAAAACAAUAAUGUAACACAUAACAUUGUAAAUCAAUAAAGAAUAUUAAUGUUUUAGGAAUAACUAAUUAUCUUUAUAAUAAACUCUUGCCCCCCAAAAAAAAAAAGAAAAU